AUGACUUUUCCUCAUCUCUCGCAAAUCGCCGUCGCCCACCAAUCCUUUUUCUUCUACGACACCAUGGCGCUCACGCUCACGCACCCGACCUUGCUUCGCCUUGCCGCCCUUUUGGGUCUUCUGCUCCAGCAGCUCAAACAGCUCAAGCAACCCCAGGGAUCGUGGAAACCCGAAAUGGAGGAACUCCGAGAGGCCGUCGCCUCGGGAGAAAUCGCGGGAAUCGAGCAGUUUUGGCAGAGAUGGCGGGAAUGCGAUCCUGAAGAAGAAACCGCCAAAACGCUUCUGAACGAACUUGAAAAAUCAACCGUUUUCGAAGCGCCGAAGCAAAGUCGCGUGAAACUCGAAAUCGUGGGGAUUUUUGGAAUUCCUAAAAUCCAGGAGGUUUUUGCACAGAGCGAAAAGAAACUGUCUCUGGUGCCGCAAGUCUGCAUGGUCUGCCGCAAAAUCGCGCAUUCCCCCGCGAUUCACACGCUUCCUUACGUCCCGUUCGUCUGCAACUACUGCCUGGACCACCGCGGCGAGAUUUUAAUCGGCACCUUUGUGGAGCUUUUUGAUGGUCAAAAAUGGGCGACGUACCGAAUUGUGGGCUGGAAUGCCGAGAAACAAGAGCAUUUACUGCUGGAUCGGGACGGGUUCGCGCUCUCGCUGGCCAUCGGGGAUUUCUAUCACUUCUAUCGGACCUACGCGGACGUUUUGCUCGAGGCGUCGACGCGGUCGCUGGACUAUGUGGCGAGUGUGAAGUAUUACACGUUGUUGAUGCUCGCAAAGGAGGAAGGAGAAGAGAUCAUUGAUGGAGUUGUGCCGGAAUCGUACUUCGCGGAGGAGAAUGAACAUUGUCCGGUAAUGAUGAGGAUGAUGCGUGAUGAAAAGAUGUGCAAGAAAGUGGCUACGGAUCGCUCGCUGUUCUGUGAUAAUUGUAACCGCUGCUUCCAUAUGCGAUGUUUGAAGAUGAAGAAAGAACCGAAAGGACAUUGGUACUGCGAGAAGUGCUGCAAGCUAUGUGAAAAGAAUUGA